ACAGCACUCAUGGUCUCGUACUCGUACCGUAUCUCAUUUGGCGAUCCGAUGAAUGCAUCCAGCAUUCCACCCGUCUGAGACGCACUAAGGGGAUGCCAUGCAUUCCUCACUGACUACUGACACUGAUGGCAAUGCCGACAGGGACCGUCAUUCCCUUCUGGAGACGGGUGCGUACCCUACUUACCGCAUGGGAUGUGGUACGGCAUCGUAGUCAUAGUUUAGUGAGGGCAUCUCUUGUCCCACCACGGCCGCCACCGCCGCAAAAACUGCUCCUUGCGGGGUGGGAGGUGGAUCCCAAUAACCGUCUAUUGUACUGGUACUACAGGCUAGGCUGUGGGAAAAACGGAUACGAGUAAUAACUGGUGUCAUAGGUGUCACCGGGCAGAGGGGCUGACUGCCGUGUUAGAGGAGGUGCUUGCCUACUUCCGGGGCAUAUGAUAAGCCUAUGUGUGUUCAUGAAUCAUAUGCCUUGGAGAAGCUAGUGGUGGAGUGUUCUAGACUGGGCUUACUAGUACUCGUACAGUGAGGGAUUGCAGCUUAAUCCUGGGACCGCACGCAAUUUUUGCUCAUGUUGAGCGAGAAGUGCUGGGACAUGAAUUCAGGACUUGCAUGUAUCCCCUUCUUUGCCCCUCCGUUGGGAGCGGGAAGCUUCGAGAUUGGUGGGUUGAGAAUUUCUAUUGUGUUUUCUCCUCAUAUUGAGUAGUGGGGAGGUUCCCCCGCUGGGGUGCAUGAUAGUAUGUAUCUUAUAUUAUUAGUAGGUGCUCUGCCGGUGGGUUAGUUCGCCCAAUACGAUCAUCUGUGUGCAUACUUCCUUCCGGGUUUUCCCUUUCUCAAAAGGAUUUACCCUUGUAAUACUGUGUCUUUUUUUGUGCUAUCAUAGGUGGAGGAGUUGCUGUGCCAGUGUUACGAUAGCUACUGUAGGGCGUUCAAACGGGGGUCCUAUGGUCUUAGAGUUUGUCUUGCUUUGGGUGGGACUUGAUUUUUCUUUUUUUCUUGUCUUUUCCAUAGUAGCAAACUUUUGUCGCUGCCCUUUCUUAUAUAUUGUCACAGGCAGCUAUAUCUCUCGCCCCGCCACUAUACUGCGACCACACAUACAACACACCUUACCUGAGUACCUUUUUUUUUUAUGAUAGUUUCCUUUUUUUAUUGACCUCCGGGGAACAAGGUUCGGCAUAAGGGUAUUUACAGUGAGCCGGUGAUACCGUAUCCAAUUUUCCCGGUAGACGUGGAUUACGGUGAAACUUCAGGGCCAAGCAAACAAUGUCUUCCAGGGCGGACACAACCCCACAACAAACUACCUUGCCGUCCCCUGCCAAUCCCUCGUUACCCCUCUCCGAAAAUAUGCCUGUGGUUAAUGAGGUUAUAAGUCGGUUGCCAGGCAGUUUGGGGGAGAAUGUCAUUACUACUCUACUGAUACCCAACCUUCACUGCUUCACCUGCAGUAGUGCUAUCGAGGAAUUACUCUCGGGGCUGGCCCCUCCUCCACUGGAUAUUUCUAUUAGCAUCCUGGACCAUAGUGUUAUAGUCACUCACACUCAGCUACUUUCUCCGCGGGAUAUCAUUCGAGUUCUGCUCGAGGCGGGGUUUAAACUUGAUACUGUCUCUAGCGCAUCCGGUGCUGAGGAGUCUAUGAUAGGGCCAUCUUUGAGCGGUCAUAUAAUCAGUUUUCAAGGGGAUACUUACGAUUGGCUGGAAGAUAUGCAGAUGAGAAUCAGAGAAGUGGUUGGGAAGAAGAAUGCUGAGGGGGAGAGGCAUUUGGAGAAUUGUGAGCUGUGCAGGAAUGAGGCUCUCCAGGAGAAGGGGCUAUCUUCAUCUCGGUCUUCGAUAGGAGCUGGCUGGAAAGGUGGUGCCACGGCUCAGGUGGCAAUUUCGAAGGAAAACGAGGUAUCUGUGGGUCAGAGAGGUGUUAGAGAUAUGCAAACUCCCGGAUUUGUUCCGGCAGACACAAUGCACGAAGCCGUCAUGUCCAUUGGUGGGAUGACUUGCGCUUCUUGCACUGGUAGGGUGACUGAGGUUCUGGAGGCCCUCCCGGAGGUCAAGUCUGUGAGCGUGAACCUUAUGGGUAACAGCGCGACAGUCGUGUUCAAUGCCGAAGAAAUGGGUGGGGCGGAGACGGGAGCACAGAAGCUUGUGUUUGAGGUGGAAGAGACGGGCUUCGAAUGUUCGCUGGAAACUCUCAACGCUUUAGGGGGGGAGCCAGAUACUGUGGUCAAAGGCCGAGUUGGGGUGGAGAGAGCGGUAACGCUAAAGGUUGAGGGAAUGUUCUGUGAUCACUGCCCAGGAAAGGUCAUUGAUGCUCUAGAAUCCUCAUUCCCGGAUGAGUUGCUUAGCAUCGUUGCCCCUAUCACUCGACAAUCUGGGCUCGUUCAUAUCAAAUAUGUACCACAACCCCCUGGCUUUGCUUUACGACACAUAACCGCUGCAAUAUCGUCCAUCUCCCCUGGGUUUAUGGUAUCGGUACACCACCCUCCAACAAUGGAGGAACGUUCCCGCCAGUUGCAGCUUCGUGAACGAAAUCGGCUGCUCACUAGGCUCAUCGUAUGCUUCAUAAUUGCUAUCCCUACCUUCAUGAUUGGAAUAGUCUGGAUGACUCUGGUAUCCAAGGAAGACCGAGUCCGAAAGUAUCUGCAAGAGCCAAUGUGGGCUGGAAGUGUUACAAGAAUAGGAUGGGCUUUACUCUUCUUAAGCACACCUGUCAUGUUCUUCGUGGCUGAUGUGUUUCAUAAACGUGCUAUUCAUGAGAUAAGAGCGCAGUGGAGGAAGGGAAGCAAUGUGCCAAUUUUGCGGAGGUUUUAUAGAUUUGGGAGUAUGAACUUGUUGGUUUCGUUGGGAGUUUCAAUAUCAUACUUUGCAAGCGUGGUGUUGUUGGCAUUGGAUGCUGUGACCAUGCCUAUGAUGAAGGCUGAGGGUAUUAAUGGGCGCGCGGGGGCACAUAUGGGAAUGGAGGGUAUGGGUGAUCGUGGGGAGUCGAAAUAUGAAACGCACACUACUACCUACUUUGAUUCAACGGUUUUCUUGACGAUGUUUUUGCUGAUUGGUCGAUUCUUGGAAGCCUAUAGCAAGAGCAAGACUGCGGACGCAGUAAACUUGCUCAGGGAAUUGCGGCCAUCUGAAGCACUUUUGGUGAACGACCCAAGCAAUUCGGAAUACGCAGAUAGUAGAACUUGGGGAACCCGAUCGAUUAGCACGGAUCUUCUCGAAGUCGGUGAUAUCGUUUGCAUCGUUCGUGGCUCGUCACCCCCCGCCGAUGGAACUGUCAUAUCUGGUCACUCGCAAUUUGAUGAGUCCUCCUUAACAGGGGAGGCACGGCUGGUGCCAAAAUCGGAAGGCGAUUUUGUCUAUGCGGGAACCAUCAACCAGGGCCAAGUCGUCAAUGUACGGGUUGAUUGUAUUGGAGGUUACUCAAUGCUUGACCAGAUUGUAAAGGUUGUUCGCGAGGGUCAAACUCGACGUGCGCCAAUUGAGCGCCUGGCUGAUGUGCUAACUGGGUAUUUUGUUCCCGUCGUGACUUUGCUUGCUGUCACAACAUGGGUUGUCUGGCUUGGAUUAGGUAUAUCAGGCCGCCUUCCUGACUACUACCUGGAUGUUGACCAUGGAGGGUGGGCUGUUUGGUCCCUCGGAUUUGCCAUCGCUGUAUUUGUCAUCGCUUGUCCUUGUGGGAUCGGCCUUGCGGCGCCAACUGCUUUAUUCGUUGGCUCCGGGUUAGCGGCGAAGUUUGGUAUUCUGGCGAAAGGUGGCGGCGAGGCCUUUCAGGAGGCUUCAUGGUUGGACUGUAUUGUUUUUGAUAAGACUGGAACAUUGACUCAGGGUGGCGAACCAAAGGUUACGGAUGAGAGGAUACUCGUUGAGGGUAGCGAAGCUAGGGAGAUUGCAUACGCUAUUGCGCACAAGCUAGAGGGGGGAUCUGCACAUCCACUUGCUAUAGCUACACCUGGGAAAGGUUUGAAUGGGGUGUUUAAGCUGCCGGAUAGUUGGAAGCUGGCGGGCAAGAGUGUUGUCCUCCUGGCGAUCAAGAAACAUGGAGCCGCCGACAAGGACAUCUUUGGAUCGGAAUACAGACUGGCGGCCUUCUUUGGUGCUACUGAUCCACUCCGCCCGGAAGCGCCGAAUGUUGUGUCAAGUAUACGAGAGAGCGGUAUAUCAAUUUGGAUGAUUUCGGGUGAUAACGAGAAGACCGCCAUUGCAGUAGCUUCAAUGGUAGGAAUUCCAACGGAGAAUCGGCCUCGCACCGGCUGGCGCCGCUUCUUCCACCGCAAGAACUCUCCAAAAUCCAAACGAGCAAUAGUAGCUAUGGUCGGCGAUGGAAUAAACGAUGCCCCUGCGCUCUCAGUAGCAGACGUCGGUAUUGCCAUAGGCUCAGGCUCUGACGUAGCAAUCUCUAGCGCAAAAUUCAUCCUCGUAUCCUCAGACCUCCGAUCGCUGCUCACCCUGACCGAGCUUGCCAGGGCGGUGUUUAGGAGGGUCAAAUUCAAUUUCCUCUGGGCAUGCAUUUACAAUUUGAUUGCUCUGCCGGUGGCGGCGGGGGUGCUGUACCCGGUGGCUCACCGGCGCAUUAGGCUGGAUCCUGUCUGGGCGGCUUUGGCUAUGGCGUUUAGUUCGGUUAGUGUAGUGUGUAGUUCUUUGAUGCUGAAGACUAGAUGGUGGGGUGUUGGCUUUCGACCAAGUCAAGAGAGGUAUAGGCAGUAACUUAGAAGGUUAGCAUUCUGUAUAAAGAUCGAGGGGGGUUGGAAAGCAUUUUUAUUUAACUCUGUCUUUCCCUUUUUUUCCUUUUUUUAUCGCUUGAUUUCCCUAGGAUUUUGCAGGGUUUGGUGUUUGAUUUGUAGUACCAUGUGCUGCUAUGGCUGAUCGUCACUCUCGCAUUUUAUACAACAACCUGCUAUUCGGUUUUUGCGGAAUUAGAAGGGCAAGGAGAAUCAUUUGUUGUGGGCAAUACAUUAGAAUCCUAGACGUUAUCAUGAGA